UGAAACUUGUCCCCAAAAUUCUCUGAUUUUGAUAAAGAUACAUGUGAAUUAAGAUAACAAUGAAAACCAAAUCACGAUUACGAUAGUCAACACAGACCUGCACAGUGCAAGUGCAGUGCUUUUAUAUCUUUUGUUGUUACAUGUCGGUAUCCAUUUGGAUUGCAGGAGUGUCUGUUUUUGAUUGCCUUUUCAUCGUCACCUACUUCUUGUUUGAUUGUUAUAAACGAUUUGAAACAUUGCUGACAAUCGAACUUUGUUACUGAGCAGUUUCCGAAAAUAUGAGCAUCACGUCAUGUUUAAAUCACUUACUGAGUACUCUUUGCAUGCAAGGGUAUGAGCAUGAGGAUAAAUCUGAUAUGCGAUGAUGGAAACCUAAAGCAGCGCUAACGACGACUGCUCUCUACAAACGUUUAUUUGAUAUCAAUAUUUGAGACGGGCCGUUUUCGAUACAAGACGAUCAUGGCGGUUGCCACUCUUCACUGGGGAGACAUACUGACCAUGGUGCUGUACUUUGUCCUCUGCAUUGGCAUAGGAUUAUGGUCUGCCAGACGUACCAACCAAGGAAAUGUGAAGGGCUACUUCCUUGCAGGAAAAGGGAUGAUGUGGCUUCCGGUUGGAGCGUCCAUAUUCUCUACGAAUGUUGGCAGCCAGUUUUUCAUAGGGAUGGCAGGAACGGCAGCAGUGUCAGGGAUAGCAGUUGUCAUAUUCGAAUGGCAUGCCAUAUAUGACUUGAUGCUCCUAGGUUGGUUUUACUUACCUGUCUACAUCAAGGCCAGGAUCUCGACCACACCAGAAUAUCUCAAGAAGCGUUUCGGAGGCCGACGGAUGAGGGUGUACUUCUCUGUCCUUUCAAUUGUCCUGUAUAUCAUGCAAGGGGUCUCAGUCACAAUGUACUCCGGUGGCGUGUUCAUCCAGCAAUCGGUAGGAUGGGAUCUAUAUCUCUCUACGUUCCUUAUCAUCGCCAUCACUGCCAUCUAUACCAUCAUAGGGGGACUUGCUGCCGUCAUCUACGCCGACACGAUGCAGACUGUAAUCAUGGUAGUGGGGUGUACGGUCCUAACAGUAAAAGGUCUUAUAGAAGUUGGUGGUUUUCCUGGUCUAUACACCAAGUAUAACGCUGCUGUGCCCAAUGUUACAGUCGUGAACAACAUGACGUGUGGCCUACCCCGUCAUGACGCGUGGAACAUAAUGAGAGACCCCAUCAAUUCUGACUUCCCCUGGCCAGCUAUCACUUUUGGAUUAACGAUCCCAGGAGUUUUUGUCUGGUGCAACGACCAGGUAAUGGUUCAAAGGGUCCUCGCCGCCAAAAAUCUGGCCCACGCCAGAGGUGGUGCCAUAUUCGGGUCCUACCUCAAGCUGCUGCCUAUCCUCAUGAUGGUCAUUCCAGGCAUGAUCAGUAGGGCUCUGUUCCCUGACGAAGUUGCCUGCGUGGACCCAGACAUCUGCAUGCAGGUGUGCCAGAAUCCUGUGGGCUGCUCUAACAUCGCCUACCCAAAGUUAGUGGUGGAGCUGUUACCGGCUGGCCUUCGCGGACUGAUGAUAGCCAGUGUACUUGCUGCUCUUAUGAGCUCCCUGACAUCAGUCUUCAAUAGCUCCAGCAGCAUGUUCACUAUGGACAUUUGGAGGCAGUUCAGGAAACAGUCAUCGGAGUUUGAACUUAUGAUUGUUGGGAGGUUGUUCAUCAUCGUCCUGGUUGUCGUGAGCUACCUGUGGAUCCCUAUCCUCCAGAGCUCUAGCGGUGCACAGCUCUGGGUCUACCUUCAGGCCAUCGGAGCCAACUUACUGCCACCAUGGUUCGUCGUUUUCGGCUGUGGAAUAUUGUGGAAAAGGGCAAAUGAAACGGGUGCGUUUUGGUCCCUGAUGGUCGGUCUCGCGGUGGGUGUGAGCCGAAUGAUCUUGGACUUCGUCUACCAAGCACCCGCGUGUGGAGAGAUAGACCGUAGACCAGCCGUCUUGGCCCGGGUUCACUUUUUCUAUUUUGCCCUUAUCCUGGCUGGAGUCUGCCUUCUGGUCAUCGUGGUUGUCAGCUUAUUGACGCAAGAACCGGACGAAAUACUGCUCCGGCGAGUCACCUGGUGGACAAGAAAUAGCACGCUACGUGAUGAUGAUGAUUACGAUGAUGUCAGAGAUGUCAACAAAAGACCAUCGAUUGCAGUUUUUAGAAAUAAGAUAUACAAUAACCUUGCUGAGGAAGAAGACACGAUAUUUUCGAGAGAUCCAAAGGAAUCGGCGCUGAUUUAUGAGGAAAACAAACCAAAACCAGAAGAAGAAAACAAACGUCGGCGCUGCCUUAGAAUCGUCUGCUGCUUACCUCCAAAAAACCCGGGUGACGAAGGUCGAAGUCAAAAAGCAACAGAAGAGGAACUGGAAGAAUAUAUGCAAAUGGACGGUGUGGUGAGAUGGACGCUGAGGGUCAAUGCUUUACUGGUUUUAGGAGUAACAACAUUUUUGAUAAUAUGGUUCAGAUGAUGCCAAAAUUGUUUCAAUCACUUAAGUGUUUUCCGAAGCAGGAUGAUGAUUAUAUUGUUCGCUGCAUGGCAAUAUGGUGACCCAUGCUGUUGUUGAAGUUUGAAUGUGCAUGGCAAGAAAGGUAUCUGGUAAAUUUGCCACGUGUAAAACAUGCAAAGUUAAUGGGUCGUUGUGAAUGUUGUGACAGUACGGCUUUAUAGUCACAGUCACUGGGGCCCGGGUGACUUUUCUACUGUGAUGAUCGGUGUUCAUGUUCACGUCAACUUUGUUUCGAUGUGAAUAUGCUGUCGACCUUUGAAAGUGACAAUUUUUGUGAGGGUUUAUUCAUGGUUUAUCUAUUUAUUACAUGUAGAAGAUCGAAAAGAUGUCGUAUUUUAUA